AUGGGGUCGCUCGCUGGCGUGUUCACCUCGCCGACCGAUGCCACGACCAGCGCCACCGACGACACCACCAGUCCGCCCGAACUCAACGACACUGACUACUUCAACCAUGUUCUCCACCUUUCCGGCCCCGAGGCUCAAACCUCCCUCCAAAGGGAUCUGCUCGCUAAAGCAGCCUCGUUGGGCAUCAAACUUCCAGAGCACAUGCUGUCAACUGAUCAGAAGCGCAACACCUCUAGCGCCGAGUCGCAAGGCUCGACCAUCGCUACCUACCAUGCGCGCACCUUCUCCUCCACCUCGUCUGCUUCCGCGAGCACGGCACUAACUUCGCGCUCUCUCCUUGUUGACAACAACGAUUCAGAGGCAUCGCUGAGAGUCGAUUCUGCAAAGCGAGCCAAGAACACGAGCUUUACCUACUACGAUCGAUACCUCACACAAAUCGACCCGAAUCUCGACCAGCCCAAAUUUCUGAAAUCACACUCAGUUGAGCUGCCCGACAACUCGGCACAGAGCUUGUUUAGUGUCAGCACGCGGAGAAGCUUCAUCAACAUUAAGGAAGGCCUACGGAGGAUACGACGCAAAAAGAAGGCUGCAAGCGGCCUGGACCGUCCCAUUGCGUGUAUCUGCUGUCGCGACGACUUCGACAAGUCCUCGUCAUCAUACGACCUCCCCUGUGGUCACGCGUAUUGCGGCCAAUGUCUGAAGGUCGUGGUGCAACAAGCUGCGACAGACGAGUCCAAAUUUCCACCCAGGUGUUGCACGCAGCCAAUACCAAGCUCUAUCCUCAAAGACCUCCUCACACCCGAGGAACGACAUCUCUUUCUCAAGGCAGUCCGACAGUUCAUUACUCCAUGGGAUGCAAGGAUAUUCUGUCCGAAUGCUGCCUGCAGCGAGUUUAUCCCCCCACGCAGCAAACUUGACCCUAAACAUCCAUUCGAUGUAGAGUGUAGGAAUUGCGACACAAGAGUCUGCAUCAUGUGCAAGCGGAACGCCCACCCUAUUGGGAAGGAAUGCCCGGAAGAUUGGGAACUGAACGAAGUGCUCAAAAUGGGCGAGAAAUCCGGAUGGAGGAGGUGCUACAAGUGCCGCGCUCUGGUAGAACUGGCACAAGGCUGCACGCACAUGACCUGCCGUUGCAAAGCCCAAUUCUGUUAUAUUUGCGGUGCCAUAUGGAAUCCGACCGUUGGCUGUCCCAACUUUUGCGAUGGAACAGAAGAGCUGGAAAGGAGACAAAUCGAGGAGGAAGCUCGGACUGCAGAGCUGGAUGCCGAGAAAGCUGCACGAGACGCCGCGGCGGCGGCCGAGGCCGCUCAAAACGCAGAGGCCAAACGCCGCAUGCACGAGCAUCCUGCAUUUUUGGCUCUACAAGCCGACGUGUUGGCUCAGAGGCAGCGGUUUCAGGACUUCGUCAAUGAGAAGCGGUGGCACAUGGAGAUGCGGCACGGCGAAAAGAAGGCUGCUACAGCGGCUAGACACACAGAUCAGACGGAGAAGAUGGAAGAACGACACGCAAAGACCGCCUCACACCUCGACGAACGACAGAUUGAGGCCGAGAUGGAGCUCCGAAUGACUCUCCAGCAGAGCGAGAACAGUGUUAAAAUCAGACUGAAGCACAUGGAGGCAUACUGCGAAGGCCUAGGCCAUGGUCUCGACUCAGAGCUCCCCAAGCGCGUUGUGACGGAACGCGACCUGCAGGAGCUUGGUCAGCAGUACAAUUUACGAGACGGCAUGGCGCGGCUGCACCAGUCCAAGAUCAAUGUUUUGCGCGACCGACAGGCCAAACGCAUGGAAGAGCUGCUCGAACGACAGGCAAACGAGCUGGAGAAGCUAACGGACCGGAAGGAACAGGAACUCGAGGCGCUCGGGAGCGACUUUGCUCAAGAAGAAGAAGAGCUCGCCCAGGUCUUCAGUGAGCGCAAGCGCAUGAUGCUUCGUGUUUGGUCUCUGCGCCUCGAGGUUCUGAGAAACGAGCUCGAAGACAAAGAUAGUCUUGCAUAUGUUGCUGUUGGGUUUCCGCCUUGGAAUGGCGACUACAGCAUUCGGGACGACGCAUCGCACGCAGUGGCAAUCGUCGCUUCUUGUUCUUGA